GCUCGCGGUGUCGGCACUGCCCGGCUGCCGCCCCGGCCCCGGCCCCGCCCGCGUCACCCGUGCCGGGACAUGGACUCCGACUCCUGCGCUUCGCCGUUCGCCCCGGAGGACUUCUCCCCCGGCUCUCGGCGGCACCGCACCGUGGAGGACUUCAAUAAGUUCUGCACCUUCGUCUUGGCCUACGCCGGCUACAUUCCGUACCCGCAGGAGGAAACACCGCUGAGGAACAGCCCCAGCCCUCCCAACAGCACUGGAGGCACGAUUGACAGUGAUAGCUGGGACCCCCGCUUCAAUGACACCCCCUCCUCUGUCUCCCUGCCCACCAAGAACAGAAAGAACUUUAGUCAGCUUAAGCGAGCAAAACCAUAUGGUUCCCUGUUCCAACGGGCAAAGGCCAGCAACUUCCUGCCAGAGCGAAAGCAAAUCGAUAAGAUCCGGAAGAAGAAAAAGCUGAAAAGGAGGGAAACAGAGGUGUCUGCAGAGGAGGACUAUGAGGAGAAGCUGCUGGAUCUGGAGGCAGAGGACUCUUACACAGAGACGCCGAUGAGCCCCUCGUCAGAGGGCGACCCUCAGUCUGUGACUGAGCACUGCUCGGUGUGGGACUCUGACACUCCGUCCAGUGUCUCCUACCCUGCUGUGACGGCCGAGCAGACGGUGGAGAUCCAGAGCGUGGGCAAACGAACGGUCAUUCGGCAGGGCAAGCAGGUGGUUUUUCGGGAUGAGGACGGCACUGGUGAUGAUGAGGACAUCAUGGUGGAUUCAGAUGACGACUCAUGGGACCUGGUCACUUGCUUCUGCAUGAAGCCUUUCGCUGGGCGGCCGAUGAUCGAGUGCAAUGAGUGCCACACCUGGAUCCACCUCUCCUGCGCCAAAAUCCGCAAGUCAAAUGUCCCAGAGAUCUACAUCUGCCAGAAGUGCCGGGACUCCAAGUUUGACAUUCGCCGUUCGAACCGCUCCCGGACCGGCUCGCGCAGGCGCUUUCUGGACUAGGGGAGGAAGCACAUGCUGGUGCAGUGAGUGGGUGGGCGAGCUGUGGGUGCCGGCCAGGAGGCCGGGGAGGGCUCCCCUGAACUACUGCUGCUCAGGUGGGAGGGCUGCCCAGCCGGCCUGUGACCCAGGAACGAGGAAUCGCCGAGCCGCGGGCAGCCGGAGCUGGGAGCGGCCGACUGGGCGGAACUGUGGCAAGAGACUGUCUUGAGGGACGGACGAAGCUCUCUGAGCUCCGUGAAGUUUUGUCUGGUUACAAUGACUGGGUGAUGUACAAUACCUUUGCCAAGUAGGUUUUCUCAUGCCAUUGGGAAACUGCAAAUCUUCUCUGUGCUAGAAAACUCCUCCUUCUCCCAAAGAGGGAAGGGAUGGAGGAGUGAGUCUGUGUGAAGAGUCUGAAAAGUAAAUGGCCCUGUGUUUUAAAUUCAA